AUGUCAAUUAAUAAUGUAUCUACUGAAAGUGCUCAUUACUCUCUAGUGAUUUAUGAAUCCAAAGAUGCAUUUUCUGUAACUAAAAAUAUACUUUCUGUAACUAAAGAUAUACAUCCUAUAGCUAAAGAUAUAUCAUCUUCUAGAAUUAAACCUUUUUGUCUAUCUCUUUUAACAAAAAAACUUCUAUUAUAUAUCAAUGUGUCUAAAUCUAAGCCUACUCUUGGUGGUCACCAAUUUCUUUAUAUUAAUAACAAACCAAUUCAAGAAUCCAAAGAUCAAGAACUCAAAGAAAAUAAAGAUACUAACAUGGCUGUAAAAUACUAUUAUAUAAAUGCUGAAUAUAUUACUAUUAAUUAA